UGAUUAUUUUGAGUUUUUGAGAAAGGAAAGGAAGUGGUAGGAAAGCUUUCGAUUGUACUAUGCAGCUUAGAUUUACUUAAAAACAUCCAUAAUCAAACACAGAAAAAUAUUUACCACCUAUUCAUUCUGGGUUUAUAUGUUUUUGUCCUAUUAAUAAAAUAAUGGAUAAGAAGAUCAAGAUCGAGAAGCAGGAGGAUGAAUUUGGAGAAUAUGAAUUUGCAACUAGCAACGCCAAAGAUGAGUCAUCCUCACACAAUGGUUCAACUUCCAAUCAGAUGGCGAGAGUUAAGCAGGAAAAUGAUAGCAGCCAAGAACCAGCACCAGAGUGCAGCACUGCAUGCUCUCCAACUGAUGGUGAUUUCAGCCAACAACAUUAUCUAAUCCCUGGCUAUAAUCUAAUAUUCAUCAAAGAGGAAGAAAAUGUUGAGCAAGAGGCAGAAGGAUGUUCAGUGGAGAGUGAACCGGAGAUGUGGCCUUCAAACUGCAGCACAUCUGAAACUGCCAAUGCAACAGAAGUGGGUGAACAUUCAAUCUCUCCCAUGGAAGAGUGCACUGAGCCAUCUGUGGCUGGCAAAAAGAUCAAACUCCACAGCUGUUCUGACUGCAGCUAUAAAACCACAUGGUUAAGUUAUUUGAAGAAACACAUGAGAAAACACACUGAAACUUCUCCACAGAAAAUCUAA